GACGCCUUCUUUAGGACGGGGACUGAAGCAAGAUGGCGGGCCCGCGGAAUGAAAAUCUGUGUGCCUAGAAACAGAUGUGAGAAGCGGUUUCUCCUCACGAUAUCUUUGUUCACGUCACCUCGUAAAGACCAUGGCCACCACAGUGAAAUGGGUGACGUCAAUCAGGACUGUCUGGAAACAUUUAUUUCCAACCCAGAAUGGAGCCUUAUCUAGUGUUUGUCGAAAGUCUACCUACUCUUCUCUUCCAGAUGACUACAACUGCAAGGUGGAGCUCGCUUUGACAUCCGAUGGCCGGACCAUAGUGUGCUACCACCCUUCUGUGGACAUCCCGUACGAGCACACGAAACCUAUCCCUCAACCAGACAUUUUGUGUAAUAAUGAAGAAACACACGAACAAGUGCUGAAAGCCAAAUUAGAAAUAAAAGGCGAGCAACUUGAGCAAGGCCCCAUGAUAGAACAACUCAGCAAGGUGUUCUUCACCACGAAGCACCGCUGGUACCCGCACGGACAUUAUCACAGACGUCGUAAGAAACCGAAUCCUCCCAGAGACAGGUGACGGCUCUUGACUUCCCAGGCAUAAGGAAGUUUCGCUGUGUGUCUUAUUUGCCUGCUGAGAAAAUGCACCUGGUGUAUUCAUUAAGAUGUUAUGUAAGACAAUAAUAAAAGUACCCCUUCAUAUUUUUAAA